CCUCCACGGCUCCAACUUCCACACACUUUCUUCCCACUUUCUCUUCCAAUUUCCUGCGAGAAAUUCUUUUCCAAUCAGAGUUUCUUUACAUUGCCAGAACUAGAAUUCUCGUCUCCAACAAUGAAGAAACCAGGAUUCUUCGCUGCCUCAGUCGCCGCUGCCUCUGCAACCGCCAUCUCUACUUCUUGUUCUUCCUCCUCGAACUCCAUCUAUAAUACUCAUCAGGAGGCUGAAAUGAAACAGAAUCAAGAAAAUCAAAGGCCAUCCUCGACUGAGAAAUUUGCACCGAGGUUUGAUGGCCUAAGAUUCAUUGAAACGCUGGUCACUGCUCACAGAUAGGCUUGGUCUCCAAUAGCUCCAUGGUUAUACCUCUAUUGUAUUUCUCUUUUAUUGUUCAAGAAAGCAAUUAAUGGAGAAAAUUCAACUUUUUUGGUAGAUAUGGAAUUGAGAAAAGGAGUAAAGCUGUAAUCUUUCA